AUGGGUGUACCAAAAGUCACCACGGAUGGACCGAAAAAAACUGAUCCACAUGAUCCUGUUAAAUGGUUGGGUACAGUAGUCGAGCGACUCAAAUGGUGGAGUCCUGGAAAUUGUCAGAAACUUUUUCUUGAAGCUGAACUCAUUGAGUUGUGCUAUAGAGCACGUGAACAGUUUUGGAAGAGUAGUGUGUUGUUGCAGGUCGAGGCUCCAGUGAAUAUUUGUGGAGAUAUUCAUGGACAAUUUGAAGAUUUAUUGGCACUUUUCGAGUUGACAGGAUAUCCUCCUCAUCAAAAAUAUUUAUUCCUCGGUGACUACGUGGAUCGUGGUCCAUUCUCAAUUGAAGUCAUCACUCUUCUCUUCGCUUUCCAAAUUCUUCACCCCGAAAAAUUUUAUCUUCUACGUGGAAAUCAUGAAAGCCGACCUGUCAAUAUGCAAUAUGGAUUCUAUUUGGAAUGUCGUAAAAGAUAUUCCGAAAGACUUUAUGAUGCAUUUCAAUUGGCGUUCUAUUGUAUGCCAUUGUGCGCAGUUGUUAGUAAGAAAAUCAUUUGUAUGCAUGGAGGAAUUUCAGAAGAUUUGAUCGAUUUGAAUCAACUCAAUAAAGUGGAUCGUCCUUGUGACAUCCCUGACAUUGGAGUAAUUGCUGAUUUGACAUGGGCUGAUCCAGAUGAUAAACUUCAAGGUUACGGUGGAUCACCACGUGGUGCUGGUCGCUCUUUCGGUCCAGAAGCCGUUCGAAAGUUUCUCCAAUUGCACAGUUUGGAUCUUGUCGUUCGUGCUCAUCAAGUAGUUAUGGAUGGUUACGAGUUCUUUGCUCAACAGCAACUUGUCACUAUCUUCUCGGCUCCUGCUUAUUGUGGACAGUUUGAUAAUGCGGGAGCAGUUCUGAAUGUGGAUUAUAAUCUUGCGUGUUCAUUCACCAUCUUCCGUCCAGAUAAAAACUUCAAUGGACUUGCAAGUGACGAGAAAACCAAGAAACAAGGGAAGAAGGAUGGUCACUGA